UUCCAUCCUCCCUUAAACACGUUUCGUGAUCACGCGUAUUUUACACACAACACUUUGAUUCCUCCACCCAAAAUUCAUUUUCAAUUCGUUCUCAUUGACGCUAAGCGACCACAUUCCGGUGAACGGAGUCUUCUCCGGACUCCGCCGAUCUCCAACCCCUGCCUUUUCCUCUUUUAAUUCAAUGCCUUCGUUACCCAGUGGACCAGAUGCAGCGCCCUUCACGGCAAUGGUACUGGUUGAGUUCGGUGAGGUGGGCAUGAUAACUCUGGGCAAAGCCGCCAUGAGUAGUGGCAUGAGCAACUUUGUUUAUGUUGUUUACUAUAAUGCCCUUGGCACCUUCAUUCUAUUACAUUACUUCCUCUAUCACACCUACAGAAGCAAGAGCCUUUCUCUCACUUUCCCGCUCCUUUGUAAAUUCUUUCUUCUGGGCUUACUUGGGAUUUGUUUUGUGCAGACUUUUGCAAUUACAGGGAUCAAAUACAGCUCUCCAACUCUUGCUUCAGCUAUGGGUAAUCUCAUUCCAGGAAUUACAUUUCUUCUUGCCAUUGCUUUCAGGAUGGAAAAGGUAGCUCUUAGAAGCAGAAGUAGCCAGGCUAAAAUCCUUGGUACCAUUGUAUCAAUAUUUGGCGCAUUUAUAGUGACUCUCUACAAGGGCCCUGCACUCAUGAGGCUCUCAUCAACUUCUAACUCAUAUUUUCAUCUCCCUGUCUCACAAUACUCGAAUUGGGCUCUUGGAGGCCUUCUCCUUACAGUCACUUGUGUGUCAUCUGCAACAUGGAAAAUUUUUCAGGCAGCAACUUUGAAGGAGUAUCCUGACAAAGUGACCCUAGUCUUUUUAUCCUGUUUUUUUGGGACCUUGCAAUGUGCUGUUGUCUCCCUAAUAGUAGAAAGAGAUUCAAUGGCUUGGAAACUGCAACCUGGCAUUCAAAUGGCUGCUGUUGUUUAUGCGGCAAUAGUGGGAACUGUUUUUCGUUCCAGUGUUAUUGCUUGGUGCCUGUACAAGAAGGGGCCUGUCUUUGUUGCCCUGUUUAAGCCUGUUGCAACUGUUAUUGCGGUGUUCACGGCAGUUGUGUUCCUUGGUGAAACCCCUCAUCUUGGCAGUUUGAUUGGAGCUAUUGUAAUUGCUUUCGGAUUUUAUGCGGUUAUAUGGGGACAGGCCAAUGAAACCAACACGACUGCUGGCAAUGUCACUAGCUUGGAAGCAAACCAGAAGUUUCCAUUAUUGAAAAAUACAUGAUGGAAGAGAAGAGAAAUAACACUUCACGUUUUGUCUGCCUGCCCACAAAAAAUUAGAGAUAUACAAGCAAAUUCACUGAUUUUAGCUACGGUCAUUCUGAACCUGAUGAAACAAAAUACUUGGGAAGAUAUCUAACAGCCUCAACUGUCUUACACUUUUGAUCGGACCCUAUGUGAUAAAAGAAGAAGAAUUGUUGGUGGACAUAGAAAUUCCAUUUCAGGAAGCUAAAUUGGAGGAAAAUAACUGAAUGUCUUUUAUUAUUAUUUUUGAAUUCAAGAGCAUUUAUCUCUUCACCUUUUGUCUGGUUGUAACUUGCAAUGUGAAGUAUUCCAUACUUUCAAGCAGGCUUGAUCCAUAAUAUGAAGCAAAAGCUUGAAUUUGCUAAAAUAUCACUUGUCA